ACGAAUAAACUGCAGAAAAGGAGUUUUACCAGGCAUCAUGCUAUAUUUCUUGUGGCUCAUUUUUCUUUAUGACUUUAGAAAUGCACAAGCCGAAUCUCCCGUCAGGCUGGUCAGUGGUGUCAGCUACUGUUCAGGACGAGUGGAGGUUUUCUAUAAUGAAACAUGGGGAACAGUGUGCCAUGAUUCCUGGGAUAUUUCGGAUGCUACUGUAGUGUGUAGAGAAAUGGGCUGUGGAGAUGUGAUAGAGGUGAAAUAUUGGAGUUAUUUUGGACAAGGUUCAGGACCAAUAUGGAUGAAUAAUGUAAGUUGUAAUGGCACUGAGUCUUCACUGACAAACUGUGGAAGUUCAGGGUGGGGAGUAGCAUACUGUGGACAUUGGCAAGACGCUGGAGUCGUUUGUCAAGCUUCUGUUAGGUUGGUGAACGGCACUGACUCUUGUUCUGGACGAGUGGAGGUUCUUCAUGAUGGUCAAUGGGGAACAGUGUGUGAUAAUGGCUGGGAUCUAUCAGACGCUGCAGUGGUGUGUAGAGAAGUGGGCUGUGCAGAAGCUCGAGAGGUGAAGAUUGGUGCGUAUUUUGGAGCAGGUUCGGGACAAAUAUGGAUGGACGCUGCACAAUGUUCUGGGAGUGAGGCUACAUUGGUGAACUGUAACUCGACAAAAUGGGGACCCACUCAGAAAUGUACCCACUCAAAAGAUGCUGGAGUCAUCUGUAACCAUCCUGUUAGGUUGAUGAAUGGCAGUAACUCAUGUUCUGGACGAGUGGAGGUUUAUCAUAAUGGUCAAUGGGGAACAGUGUGUACAGAUUCCUGGGACUCUACUGAUGCUGCAGUGGCGUGUAAAGAGUUGGGGUGUCCAACCGGUGCUGAAGCAAAAACAUAUUCCUAUUUUGGACCUGGUGUGGGACCAAUAUGGAUGAAACAGGUUCAAUGUACAGGGACUGAAUUGUCAAUAAUGGAUUGCACACCAAAUGGAUGGGGAACAACCGACUGUAAUGAAAGAAAUGAUGCUGGAGUCAUCUGUCGAGAUGUUAGACUUGUAAAUGGAUCUAAUCAGUGUUCUGGGAGAGUGGAGGUUGUACAUGAUAAUCAAUGGGGAACCGUCUGUGAUGCUGGCUGGGAUUUAAAAGAUGCUGCAGUGGUGUGUAAACACAUGGGUUGUGGAUCUCCUAUAGCAGCAGAGACUGGGGCUUUCUUUGGGCAGGGUUCAGGACCCGUGUGGCUGGAUAAUGUGAGAUGUACUGGGAAUGAGUCAGCAGUAACAAAUUGUUCAUCAAAGGCAUUAGGAAAAAGCACAUGUAGUCAUGAACAAGAUGCUGGAGUCGUCUGUCAUGUUGUGAAUCUGGUUAAUGGCACCAAACCAUGUAAUGGCAGAGUUCAGACUCAUUAUGGUAAUGACUGGGGUUCAGUGUGUUUCACUGGCUGGGAUGAGGAAGAUGCUACAGUUUUGUGUAAAGAACUGAUCUGUGGUGACGCUGGAGAGCCAGUGUCGUAUGAGCUUCCAUCUGUUCUGCCAAUAUGGAUGGAUAAUGUUGCAUGUAGUGGAAAUGAGUUGGCACUGCAGAGCUGUCCGUCUGGAUUGGGUGUGAGCAGCUGUCUGAAUGAUCUUCAGGCUGGAGUUAUUUGCUGGAGUCUCGUGAAAAGAGGUGAGGUUAGGGUUGUGUUUAAAGCUAGCGCUGACAUUAACAUCAAUGAUCCAAAUAUCAAGAAGAAACUUAUGGUCAAGAUGAGGAGUGUGGUUGGAAGUAAAGGGGAUUAUUCUGUCAACUGGAAAACACAGCCUGAUGGAAUGAUAUUUCACAAUACUAAAGAAAUGAUAAAUUUCUAAUCUAAAUGGUUCGUUCUCGCUUUCUCUUCUUUAAACAUUAUAUAUUUAGUAUGGCUGUCAAAAUACGUAAACAUUUUUUCUACAUUUAUGUAUGUGUGUAUUUAUAUAUACA